GAUAAAAUGGGAAUAUCCCCUUUCGCAAAAUAGGUCUGCAUUUCCUCUACAUUUGCAGCAAAACAACAUUCCGUCCAAUGGCUUUUGGGGGCCUGAGUACAGGACACGACCAGAUCACUGUACCCAAUGACCCCUAUAGUGAUGUCACUGAUGACUGCAGAGUAUGGCUGGGUAACCUUGACUCCAGACUUACAGAGUUUUCUCUGUUAAAAGUGUUGCAAAAGUAUGGCCCCUUGAAGAGAUUUGACUUUCUACUCCAUAAGUCUGGUCCCGAUGUUGGCAAACCUCGUGGAUACUGUUUUGUCAGCUACCAACACAGAAAGGAUGCUGAAAGGGCAGUGAAAGGUCUCAAUGGAAAGCAUGCCUUGUCUAAGCGGAUGAUUGUUAAAUGGGCUCAUGCUGAAAAAAAUGAUCUGGAGCCUGUACCUAGACUCAGUGCAAAGAAAGAUCCUGUUACCUUCAACACAGCAGAAGAUCAUCACAGCCCGGAGAACACCAUUAAAGCCAUCGAGGAGAAGCUUAGGAAUAUGGAGGAGACAAGUGGUGAUUUUACCAUGUCAACAAAACCUGCUGCUCCACCUAGUACUAAUCAGCUCAGUGCCAUCCACCAACAAACCAAACAAAUAUCCACAUAUAAACCACGUUCCUACAAUAGGCCUUACACCAACAAUAGGCGUGGACGGAGACGAUGAGACGUGACUUUUGUUUCCUCUUUGUAACAAUCAUCCUCCGACAAUCUUGUGGUAUAUAGUAAUCUCAUUCAGCUUUUUACAAAGCAGGACUGUCACCUAUAAAAUGUAGUCCAUAUGGAUACUUCAGGAUAUAUGUUUGGAAUGUUUGUCCAAUCAGCAUUGUAAAAACAUGUUGUCAAAGCAGAGAAAGUGUUUAAAAUGGGAAUGUAAAAGUUCUGGGAUUUCUCUAUCAAUUGCAGUGGGAUCCUAUGUCCAUGGAAUCACAUUGUAAAUGAUGACAUCCGGAAAGCCUUAUCAUACAUUAAUAUGUUUACUUGUGGUGAUAUGUGCAAUAUAUAGAUAAAUUCUGUUUUAGUUUUUAAGUUGAUUUAACCAAGUUAAGUAACACCAGGGACUAUUGAUGUUGGUAUGGCAGUAUAGUAAUAAUUGUGUGAUAGAUUAGGUGGGUAAGUUGUAUUUUACUUUGUGUUAUAUGAAAGGUUUUAUGACAUAUUAUUGUACUGAUCAGCAUAAAUCCAAAAUCCAGUGUUGUUAUCAUUGUGACUUGAUGUUGGAGAUAAUAAUUAGACUUUACAUCGGAGAUUAUAACUGAAACCCGUGUUGAACUCGCCAUAUCAGACUUUUCCUUAUGCUGUAUCUUGCAUUGCUGCGUGCUGUAUUACCGGUAGUGACAAGAAAACUAGAAAAUUUUAAUCCAUGAGUACUCAAAAAAAGGUCUGUUUUACUCUCCUUCUCAAAGUGUAUUUUGAGCUAUAGCCAGGCUCUUCUGGGCCAACUUCUCAUGUAAUUAUCCUGAUCUCAGCAUGUGAACCAAUUAAGCUCAAGCCUGUGGGUAUUCUGAUCAAUUUUCAAAUGUGAGUCAUUUAUCCUUUAGAUAAGCAUUGUUCUUCUGAAGUGCAUCCAUGGCAUACAAAUCUGAUGCAUUUUUGCAAAUAAAGAUAACCUGUGGCCUAUAGAUUUUUUUUCUGAGGUAACUCGAUCAUGACUAUAAAGUUAUUCAAGGUGAUGAAUACACAGCUGAGCUGGUAAUGAAGUAUCUUUUUGAUGUUCCAUGAUCAGCUGAUGGCUACAGCCUGUAUUAAACAGUGAGUGUGUAUGACUGCCUGAUAUAUAUGUCUGGCAAAAAUCUUAUUGGCCUGCUGAAAAUUACUCUGAAAAUUGAUUAAAAUAAAAUAUAGUUAAUCAGAUUGGACAAAGAGUGAACAUAUAAGAAUUUUCCUUUUUUGACUUUUCAACAAUCAACUCAACAUACAAAAAGAUGCAAUAUUACUAUGUCUACAUAUUAUUUUUGAUCUUAGAAUCUGUCAGUAUUUGAUAUACAUUUUUUGUAAUAUGUGUUUGACCUAUG